UCUUUUUGUCUGCUCUCUAGUUAUGUUUAACCCAGUACGGACUAGACAGGUAAACUGGGGCAAAGGUGGAGGGUGUGGCCCCAUUCUAACAGCCUGCAGAGUACUCAAAAAGAGUUGGCGCAGCUCCACGCGCACAGUCGCGUGCCUGUACCUGUCUGUAAGUCUCCCUCACAUUCAUCAGCUUAUAAUCAGUUACACAUUCCAGGAGAGAAAGUGUGCAGAGAGAGAGCAGAGAUGUCCUGAGAUAUCUUGAUGGAUUGUUGGAUGGACCUGACCUGUACGCAGAAGGAGUCUAAUUUUCGGACAUAAUUGGCUAUGGGUUGGACAAACUGAUGUAAAACUAACAACUCUAUCACGUAGCCUACUCAGAGGUGAACAGGGAGAAGAAUAUGAACGCCGAGGUUCCUAUUCAACACAUUGAACAAAACAUGGAGGCCACUUCAUUCCCGUUAUCAGUCACCGCCGACUGGCUGGAGGACGGAAACGAGACGACCGGGAAUCAGUUCCAGCAGCCUGACUGGCAGGUGGCUCUGUGGGCUAUAGCCUACUCCCUCAUCAUCCUGGUGUCCAUCACUGGGAAUGUCACAGUGAUCUGGAUUAUUCUUGCUCACAGACGCAUGAGGACUGUAACCAACUACUUUAUCGUCAACCUGGCCUUCUCUGACGUUUCAAUGGCAACCUUCAACACUCUUUUUAACUUUGUUUAUGCACUCCACAAUGAUUGGUACUUUGGCCUGGGCUACUGCCGAUUUCAGAACUUCUUCCCCAUCACGGCCAUGUUUUCAUCAAUAUACUCAAUGGCUGCCAUUGCAGUGGACAGGUACAUGGCCAUCAUCCACCCUCUGAAGCCCCGCCUCUCCUCCACCUCUACAAAGGUUGUGAUUGCCUUGAUUUGGAUUGUAGCAAUCUCACUGGCUUUCCCCCAGUGCUACUACAGCGUGACGAGAUUUUACUACCCCAGAACUGUGUGCAUGGUCGAUUGGCCUGAUGAUUAUGGAGGAACACAUCAGCUAAGUUACCAGUUUGCAGUGAUUUUGCUGAUCUACUUGUUCCCUCUGCUGGUGAUGUUGGUGACCUACACUUUAGUUGGCCAAUCGCUGUGGGGAGGGCACAUCCCAGGAGAGGCGACAGAACAUUACCACAGCCAGAUUACAGCGAAGAGAAAGGUGGUGAAGAUGAUGGUUGUCGUGGUGGUGACCUUUGCCCUGUGCUGGUUACCUUACCACAUCUACUUCAUACUGGGAUCAUUUAACAGAGACAUUUAUAAACAACAUUACAUUCAACAGGUGUAUCUGGCCAUAUUCUGGUUGGCGAUGAGUUCGACUAUGUAUAAUCCUAUAAUUUACUGCUGUCUAAACCAAAGGUUUCGUGCUGGUUUCCGUCAUGCCUUCGCUUGGUGUCCCUUCAUCAAAGUGUCAGAGGAGGACAAGAUGGAACUGCAGCACACACACACCUUCAGAGUCACCAUGACACGCAGCCACCGCAAUGACAGUACAUACGUGCGCGCCUCCAUCAAGACAAACAACGCCUUCAACACAAGCAUGGCUGUCAGCACUGAGCUGAACCCAGAGAGAGAUGCCUGCAUGCAGCUUAAAAAACAGACAUCAUCAAAAAUAUACAGCACACACCACAAACAUGUGCCGAAGAGGCCUGAUGAUACAAAAUCCCCGGCUGCCAAACUUAUGCAGAGCACACACUGACUACUGAAACAAAUGGGAAGGUAACAAGGUUUCUCUAUAGUCACAAGAGAGCUGAUAAUAAAAAGACUGUAACAAAUAAAGAUAGAGGAGAGCCUGCCAACUGCCAACCAGAGUUGAGCAAACUAUCUAUAUGGGAAACCUUGAAGAAACGUUCAUUGUAAUGUGACAAUCAAACUGAUGGAUGGUCUGCUGCUAUAGCCAAAGUGAGCAUGGGCAUGUGAACAUUUUGUUAGAAAUGGAAGAAACUACAGGACACAAGAGAAGCUUAUUCUUGUAUUGUUAGUAUUUGCUGCUGGGAAAGACUGAAGAUAAAUCCGUCCAUCAUUCAUUUAUUUUACUUGACCCCAUUCUUUUACAUCUCUUCUUCCAUCAUUGACAUUUUUCUUCUACUCCUUUGGAGACUAGCCAUGAACUGUGGAUGUUUCUAUGUAACUGGAGGUUUUAUCUGUGGUUACUGAUUUUCAAGAGGCGGAUGAACAGUCCACUGGCAUCAGCACCAAGCCUUAAUAUUGUUGUUUAUGUGUGUUUUCAAAACAAAACAAAGGCUGUUUCUCAAAGGGACAUUUUCUAUUUCACUUAUUUUCUUCACCAAUCAUAGCACACAAAGUGAUCAUUAAAGCCAGCAUUAAAAAUAAGCACCUAUAGUUUGUCUGGGAAGCUCUGUGGUAUACAUUCAGUAGUUACAGGAUUUAUAUUUCUAAAUACCAGUGUCACCACCGUUAAAACUGAAGUAACUUUAACUGCAGUCAUACAGCUCAAGUGUCUUAUGUUGGAUCAUUUGGUAGAAUAAUAAGUCUAAUUUCAAUGUGCUGCGCAUACUAAAUGUCACAUAAUGAGCUACUGUAACACAGGAUGUAACAUACUCAUGACUGUGUAACUUUAUGUGGUCCAAUUAGGACAUACUAAAAGACAUACUGAACACAAGAUCCAGUGUCACAGAGUAAUCACCAGCUAUCAACAAAGUUUCAGUAGCAGUGAGGGAACCACCUCCUGUAGAUACAUCAACACUGACUUUAACUGAUUGCUAGACAUUUUAAAAGGGACUGUACAGUACUAUUCCUUUAUCUUAUCAGCCACAUAGUGUGCAGUGUACAUUUGAGGCCAGAUUAAAAAGCUAAACUGCUGAAUCUGAUGUGAAAUGUAAUACUGUCAAGUAUUUAGUAUAUUAAUGUAAAAUAUGUUGAUGAAGUGGAAAUGUAAAUAUGGGAAUUACACACAUACAGUUUGUUCAUGAUGUUGUAAAUAUGUGUAGCUUCUUCGCAUUAACAUAUCAGUAUGUAGAGAAAACCUUUUGAUUCCUAGCAACAACAUUUUGACUUAAAAUACACACAGUGAAAUCGUGAAACAUCUGUAUUUGUUGUCAAGCAGGAUAGUUGUUUGUGGCCUAAAUAAAAGUCAACAGUAUGUUUU